GAGAUUGUUUUCUUUUACCUAUUUCUCUCUUUAGGGUUUCAAUCCUCCGAUUCUGUUCUCGAAGAUGUGGCACGAAGCGCGGAGAUCAGAAAGAAAGGUCCACGACAUGAUGGACGCGGCUCGAAAGAGAGCACAAAGACGGGCCAUCUACCUUGCCAAAAGACGCGGCGAUCCUCAGCAAUCCAUUCAAGUCAUCGGCUCUCGCUGCCGUAUCCACCGAGACGACGCCCUUUAUCAUGCCACUCAAGACCAGCAGGGCUUGAUACCUUGGAAUGGAAAACAAGAUAUUUUAAUCGAUAGAUUUGAUGGCCGAGCCCUACUUGAUUUUAUUCGGGAGCCAGGGACACGACAUUUUAGGAAUCAAGAGAAGUCCGAAAAGGAAGAAGAAGUAGAAGAGUUUGUUAAUUUCGAGCGAUAUCGGGAUUUAAUUAAGCAUCGCCGUAGAGGAUUUACCGAUGAGGAUGGUUUACAGCAUGUGAAUAUGGAAGUGGAGGCAAAAGUAAUCGCACCAUUUCAACCAGACAGAUCACAGCCUGCGCAAUCAACCAAUAAAGGUUCUUAUUCCCAAGUUGGAUUCUCUUAUGAAGGAAAUGGGAAAGAAGAAGCUCAUUUUUCUGAUGCGGGUGAAGAAGAUGAUGAGGAAGAAGAAGAUGAGGAUUUCAACAGUGAUGAUAGUAAUGAUGAAGGAAUGGAUAUAAUAGCAAAAGAAUUUGGUGUGAAAAGGUAUGGUUGGCUUGUUUACAUGGACAAAAAAGCAAAAGAGGAAGAAAAAAGACAAAACGAAGUAGUCAAAGGCGAUCCUGCAAUUAGGAAAUUGAGUCGCAAAGAAAGGAGGAAAGCUUCUCAAAUAGAGAGGGAGAGAGAAAGAGAAGCUGCUCGGAUAACUGGAGCACGAGUCCUUCAUAAUGAUCCCUACCGGGUGUCUAGGCAGAGUCCAACCUAUGAUGCUUAUCCACGUUCUAGGAGGUCAAGAUCACGUUCAUAUUCUCCACCAUACUCGAGGCGCCAUACGCAUGGUAGUUAUUCUGAUGAUUUUCAUAGAAGUAAAACGAAGGCUCCAAAAAUAGAGUAUAUUACAGAGUUUGGAGGCUCUGGAGACAGGGAUGAAGCAAAGCUUGAAGGAUUUUCUCCGCCAUCAUCUCCUCCAUCUCAGUCUGACAAGUUGAACCGGCUAUCUUCUGGUCAAAUACUUGAGGCACUUCAUGGUGAUCCUGCAUCUGGUGUGUCUCUUGAUAAAGAAAAGAGCAGUGAAGUGUCAAAACCAACAGUAAGUGGAUUACCAACAGUAGCCAAGUUGACAAAAGCAAGUGCCUCUGGAGGUCCCUCCAAACAGGGGCCGGUUGAGAAGAAAGAAACUCCUCAAGAGCGGCUAAAAAGGAUUAUGAACAGACAGCUAAAUAAACAAAUUAAGAAAGACACUGCAGCGGAAAUGGCUAAGAAGAGAGAGCAGGAGCGUCAAAGAGUGGAAAAACUUGCAGAAACAAGUCGAUUAAGUCGUCAAAGGCAUCGCAGCCGCAGUAGGAGUUACAGUCGCUCUCCUCCAAGGUAUCGACGGAGUAGAAGUCCUAGUAGGAGUUCUAGAAGAUAUUAUUCUCGAUCACGCUCACGGUCUUGGUCCCACUCUCACUCCCGUUCUCGUUCUCGAUCUCGUUCAGUUUCGUGCUCACCAAGGGUAAGAAGUCGUUCGAGGUACUGAAUAGGUGAUCGCGGUGAAUGUUGGAGGCAGAAGUAUUUGAGUGCAGUUAUCAUGCGAUGCUAGUUUUGGUCUCCAGGUUGUCAAUAUAUUUGCCAAAUAUUUUAGGGUUUUAUUUUCUGAUGAGUUAUGCAACAU